AGCACUGGGGCAUUUCCAGCUCCUUUCCAGCCAAAUGAGACUCGAAAUAUGCAAAUUGCUCCGAACGCCGGAAAGGAAAAACUCCCUGCAGGAGCCAGCCCAAGGAAAGCUCCGCAGCCAGACUGGAUUGCUCCAUUCCCGAGAACUCCGGGUGUUACUCAGCGCUGAGGGAGGAAAAUCCCCCUGGGCCGCCGCGGGGAAGGGCUCAGGUCAUGGAGAAAGCAGCCGUGCUUCCCUGAAAAUCCGUGUGUCAUGUGUGGGCAAGGUGUGGGAUGGGGCUGGCACCUGGAGAAAUCCCCGAGCGCCCUGCGGGGCCGGAUCCACUCCUGCCUGCUCCUGGAGCCCCUGGAUCCCAGUCCCGGAGUGUCCAACACCACUGCCCUGGAUCCCAGUCUCAAUAUUCCAACACCACUGCCCUGGAUCCAUCCAUGGAUCCCAGUCCUGCAGUGCCCAACACCACUGCCCUGGAUCCAUCCAUGGAUCCCAGUCCCGGAGCAUCCAACACCACUGCCGUGGAUCCCAGUCUCAAUAUUCCAACACCACUGCCCUGGAUCCCAUCCAUGGAUCCCAGUCUCAAUAUUCCAACACCACUGCCCUGGAUCCCAUCCAUGGAUCCCAAUCCCGGAGUGUCCAACACCACUGCCCUGGAUCCCAUCCAUGGAUCCCAGUCCCGGAGCAUCCAACACCUCUACCCUGGAUCCAUCCAUGGAUCCCAGUCUCAAUAUUCCAACACCUCUACCCUGGAUCCCAUCCAUGGAUCCCAAUCCCGGAGUGUCCAACACCACUUCCCUGGAUCCAUCCAUGGAUCCCAGUCUCAAUAUUCCAACACCACUGCCCUGGAUCCCAUCCAUGGAUCCCAGUCUCAAUAUUCCAACACCACUGCCCUGGAUCCCAUCCAUGGAUCCCAGUCUCAAUAUUCCAACACCACUGCCCUGGAUCCCAGUCCUGGAAUAUCUAA